CACUUUUGGGAGCAUUUCAAUAUGUACCUCGCAGAGAAGACCACGAUGGACGAGCCAACCAAACAAGCCUGGCUCGAGAUCGGAAAAGAAUUCUCAAACGAGAUCACUAAGUACGGUCGACCAACUGGUGAGUAG